GCAACAUUCCUGCCCAAAGAAACCACAUCGCACUGUGGUGGGGCUAACUUUGUGCAGCGAAAUUGUUGAUAAGAUAACGAAGAUUUCUGGGCCGUUACGGGAAUAAAGAGCAGUCCCCCCGCGCUACUUAUUAGCCAUGGGACCGAACAAGGUGGAAGAAAUGGCAAGGUGAUACCGAGAGAUAUGAGGUGCACGCGUUAUCUACGGUGAUACGAUGUUACGAUCGAACUUGGUGAUGCCGCAGACGGAAAAUACGACAUUAUUCCCAGCGGCCUAACGCUGGCCACAUGUAAGCAGUGAAACACCUGUGCUCCCGUUUUACCGCCCAAAACGGUUGUGUGCCCCUAAAUGUGCCAAACAAAAGUGAAACCGAGCUUUAUCUAGUGAAGAAGCACCCCUAGGGUGGUGAGAGUUUGCAGCAAGUAAAUUGAAAAAGUUUUCCGGGAAUGAUUCAGGCACCGAAACUGUGAUUUCCAACGAACCCGAACCGUCGUCACAGUGUACUUGUAAUUAUCUUGAUUUUGGGCGUGCCGUGUAUGUUUCAUCUCUAUCGCAGUGAUAACGCAGUGCCAAAACCAGUGAAAAUGAUGCUCUCAUUCCGGGAACGGAAAUGUUUUCCCCACCUAACGUCGAUACUUGCGACAGCCGCCGUACUGCAAGCCCUUAUUUCCGGUGUCGUAUGUGCGGAUGAUGCCAGCAACGUGACGACAGUUGAGAGCGCUGUAACAAAUGUGACUACGACUACUACGGUGGCUCCCAUCGUUGACACGUACAAACUAUGCGAGAACUGCAACUGCAACAAAGAUACUGGCCUGUUUGAUUGCAGUAGCAAAAUCAUUGGCCCAAAAACGUUCUCCCAGCCGGCCUGGACAUCGUUAAACGCGAGCGGCUUGAACGCUAAAUCGGUGCUGCUUGUAUCGGCCGGCUUGAAGGAGGUGACAGCGUUCCCGCCGAUGAACGUUACCGUGCUCGAUCUCAGCCACAACGAGAUAGCGACGAUUGAAAUAGCGUGCUUUAAAAAUUUAACGCUGCUGGAGGUCCUCGAUCUGUCCCACAAUCGGCUCCAAACGAAGGACCUUAUUCCGGAAAUUUUCAUUGGACAUUUCUCGCCGACCGUGUAUGAACCGCUGAAGCGGCUGCGUGUGUUGCGCCUCGGUGCUAAUGAGUUGCACUCGCUGAAUCAGGAUCUGUUCCAACAUUUGCCAGCCCUGGAAGAGGUCAGUCUGGAGCUGAACGUGUUCAAGGUUAUCGAUCAACAGUCGGAAAUUGCUAUCGCUAGUAUUGACCGUCUUGCCAGUCUGGAUCUAAGCUAUAUGGAGCUGGAGGAGAUUCCGAAGUAUCUGUUCCACACACCGACAGGGCUGCAGUAUCUCAACCUGACCGGAAAUCUGUUGAAAACCGUUCCGCCAGCGUUGUCCUACGCUAAGGGCCUUACGUGGCUCAGUUUAGACGAGAACCCAAUCGACUCGAUUGUAUUGGGCAGCGAGUUCCCGUCCUUAAAGAAGCUUACGUUCCUCAGCCUGUCCUACAUGACCGAGCUAAGGGUGAUUGGGCGCAGUGCUUUCAGUGGGUUGGAAUCGUUACAGGAGAUACACAUUACGAACAAUCCACACCUGAGCUAUCUGCACGGGCACGCGUUCGUGCGUAAUGACACGGAUAACCCGGAACGGUUCGAUUGGCCACCGGUCAAGCGCUUUUAUCUGCACAACAAUAACAUAUCCUAUCUAGACGCGCAGCUGCUGGUACAGUGGGACGCCAUGGAGGUGAUCGACAUUCGCGUUAAUCCGUGGGCAUGCGAUUGUUCCAACCGGUGGGUACUGCUCUCACUGCUGCCCAUCAUCGAACGUACAACGCCAGCGAUCCUCAACAACAUCGACUGCAACAGUCCAGCACAGAUGGCCGGUCUGUCGAUGGUGGAACUAUCGCACAAAAACACGCACAUGCGAUGUGCGGACGCCGCCGGUAACAAUCCGUCCAACGACGGAGCGCUGCUGAUGGGACUGCUGAUCGGCGUACUGCUGGCGAUUCCAUUCACAGCUGCCGUCUGGUGCGUGUACAAACGGGGCUGCUUUGGGCUGUUUGGUCGCGGUAAAUCCGCCGCCUAUUCACGUGCAUUCUACAGCCGCACCACACUCAACGAGGAGUUUUAGUGCGGCGAAACCAGGGGAGAGAGGCAAGAGACGGAACAUACUGCGCCAUAACACUUUUUUUUCGUAUUCGUACCCAUGUACUUCUUCCGUAUUGUUACUUACCGCCGUACUGUAAUUAAAGCACUGCUGCUGCCAGCAGUGUUUGUAUCAUGAGCUUCUGGGCAAGCAGAAUUGUUUAGCUCACCGAAGUGAGCAGGUGUGAGCAGAUGUGUGUUUUUGCUCACUACGGUGUGCUCGACCCAGUAGCUCCUGACAAAACACUAGUCGCCGUAUGCAACACUUGCACUAGGAGGUGUGUUGAGUAGCGUUAGUGACAAAUUAGCAUUACCUCCUCGGGAUCCGAACUUAUGAAGCUGAACCUUGGUGAAAAUGUACAUUAGGGAAACAAUCGGUUAUGGAUUAGCGAUGAAUACUUAUCCAUACGCUUUUAACAGUACUUAGUAGUAAUAUGUUUCUUUUACACAGCGCAAUAAACAAAAUAAGAUACCCACGUUUGUUUGUUUCUUGUGUUUGUUUGUUGUUGUUUUUUUUUUCAAGUCCUUUCUGCGUUCCCCCGUUCCAGGGGUGAAGUUGUUGUUUUAUUGUACAUUUUUUAUAAUUCGAG